AUGUCGCUCCCUGGAUGCAAGCCCCGGGUCCUGCCCUUCCUCUGCUUCUGCCUUCUGGUCCUGGCCUGCGUAGUGGUGUCCCAGAGCGAAGGGCCUGCAGGGACCCCGAGCACCCUGACCCCCAGGCUGGAGGGGAGUCGCUGGAGCCAGGUGCGGAGCAAAGUGAAGGAACUGGUGGAGCCGAUGGUGACCAGGGCCAGAGAUAGGUGGCAGAAGUUCUGGGGCCCCUGGACCUUCAAGGGCUUUGUGCAGACCUACUAUAAUGACCACCUGAAGGACCUGGGCCCCCGCACCAAGGCCUGGCUCCACAGCUCCAAGGACACCCUGCUGGACAAGGCCCACAGCCUAUGCCCCCGGCUCCUCUGCGGGGAGAAGGACCAGGAUUAA